ACAUAAGAAUAAAUGCCCCAAAUGGGGAUCAGAACAAAGCUAAAUAGAGAAUUUAUGUCAGAUUUGAUUAUUUAAAAUCUUUAUUGGCAUAAUUCAGGAAAUUCUUUCACAAUAAGAAAUAAAACCAUGCUCUAUGGAGCAGAUAAAUGGGUGGAACAUUGUUUAAAAGCACAAAAUGUAAUUGGGAACAGAAAGAAAGGAUGAAUUGACUGCAGCUCAAACUGACCCAGCUGCUGAGACGCCUCCUGUGAUGUCAUCAACCCAAAUACACACAAACCAGGAUUAGAAGGGUUUAUUUGUCUUUUUAAAAACUUGUAUUUUUGUGAAAUUCAGCAGUGGAAGUCCGAACCUCAUUGCCCAGCUAUUGUUUAGCUGUCGGUGCACAUUAGUUGAAGUGAAAUGAAAAAAAUACCACUGGCUUGUAUCUUUAAAUAUGGAAAGAAGGAAAACAUGGAAAUAAAUGCAGAUUUAUUUUUUGAGUUAGUUUUUUUUUUUUAGAUUAAAAUGUAUUAAAACCAUGUACCUCUCUGUGAUCAGUUUCUUUAUCAAGGAUUGAUUUAAAUAUUUGAUUUUCUGUCGGCCAAAGUCUGGCUCUCCUGUCUGGAAUGGCGUUAAAGGCGCAGUGUCGCUGUCUGCAGCCGCAGGGAUCUGACGGGUGUGGGUUCGGAGAAAAUGCGCCUGGAAGUUCGGGUUCUGGGUGACCUGGCAGCGGUUCCUGCCCUCAGCUCUCCCUCACACCGGACCUUUGAGGGCUGCAGGGACUGAAACGAUGCAGUCGGUUCCCAUUGAGGUGGGAAGCACCAGCAGCUCAGGUGGAUCAGUGGUGGAGGUGAGCUUCCCCAGUGCUCAGACCUCGGUGCUGGACGGUCUCAACCAGCAGAGAGAGGACGGUAGUCUCUGUGAUCUGUCCAUCCACGUUCAGGGACACGUGUUCAAGGCCCACCGCUGCGUCCUGGCUGCAUCCUCACCGUACUUCCAUGAUCAGGUGCUGCUGAAGAACAUGUCGACGGUCUCCAUCCCUGCAGUGAUGGACCCGCUGGCGUUCGAGAGCGUUCUGAGCUGCGCCUACACCGGUCAACUCCGGAUGCUGCGUGACGACAUCGUUAACUACCUCACAGUCGGCAGCGUGCUGCAGAUGUGGCACAUUGUGGACAAAUGCACCGAGCUGCUGAAGGAGGGCCGAGCUGCAACGGCGGGAGGCGUUGGAGGAGGAGCAGCGCAGGAUGGAGCAGGUGGAAGUGGAGAAGGAUGUUUGGCCAAUCCCGGGUGUAGCAGCAGCAGUAAUGGUGAAACUGGUGAUGAUGGAGCUGGAAGCACAGGUGGUGUCCAGGUCGUGGAGCCCAACGACCCCCAGCGAGUCCUCCAACACUCCAGUCGCCCCUCAGUGAGUGAGAGCCAGUCCCCCAGCAGCACCAACUACUUCAGCCCCCGAGAUGGGAGCAGCUUCCUGGGAGGAGGAGCAGCUGCUGGAGGUGCUUCUUUGGAUGGAGGCAGAGCCAGUAACACCCCCAGCUACUGCACCCCGUCAGGAGCAGAGGAGGCCCUGCUUAUAGAGGAGGAGGAAGAGGAGGCAGAGGAAGAAGAAGAGGAGGUGAUGUACCACCAGAGAAAGAGAGGAAGAGUAAGAGGCAGCAGGAGGAGGAAGAAAGUGAGCUCAGUGUUGGAGCAGGAGGUCGGUGUCAGCGACAGCUUUGGGGUUUCCUCCUAUCAGGACGGGGAGGACUCCGAGGCGACGCUGCAGAAGCGCCCGGCCUACAGCCAGCCCAGCAUCAUGCCCCGCAAACAGUGGGUGGUGGUGAAAACUGAACGCACGGAGGAAGACGACCUGAUCGUGGUGUCCGGAGAGGAGGGAGGAGAGGAUGAGGAGGACGAAGAUGAGAGGGAGAUGGAUCUGGUUCGGGAGCGGGAGAGAGGGAACUUCAACAUCUCCAACAUCAGGAGCCUUUCAGCUGACCUGGCGGGUCGAGCGGAGAGCGACUUGGACUCACAGGCGGACUACUGCCAGUCAUCAGAGGACUACCUCAAGUUUGAAGGCAGCCUGAUGGAACAGACUUUAGCUCAGCACCUUCAUGACAACGCUGUAGGUCAGAACCAGAACGCCAACCGGGCUGUUUCCGCUCUGCUGGGUCAGGUUCAGUCUAUAGCCUCGACCCGGGCCCAGCUCUUCCCCCUCGACAUGCAGGGGAACCAGGUCCUCCUCUACAGCCAGGCCUCCGGGCUCUCCCUGGAUCCUGCUACACCUCCAGCUGGAAUGAUGGGAGGAGCCUCUUUUAAAGCUCCCAGUUUGGAGCACGGUGCGGUCCAGCUCCAUACUGGAUUAGGUGUGGAUGGUUCGGACAGUGGGGUUGUUGGAGGUGGAAGCGGCUGUGUUGGCAACACCAGCAGCUCCGGGGGGGCGACCAAGGUGUUCAUGUGUCACUGUGGGAAGACUUUCACCCACAAGAGCAUGAGGGACCGGCACAUUAACAUGCACCUGGACCUGCGGCCGUUCCACUGCCCCGUCUGCGCCAAGAAGUUCAAGAUGAAGCACCACCUGACGGAGCACAUGAAGACCCACACCGGCCUCAAGCCCUAUGACUGCCUCGGCUGUGGGAAGAAGUUCAUGUGGCGCGACAGCUUCAUGAGGCACCGGUCGCACUGCGAGAGGCGCAGCAGACCGGGGGAGGGCGGAGAAGGAAGAGGGGGUGAUGCACGAGGAGGAGAGGAUGGUCCGAAUUUUAAUACCUCCACCCACCUCCUCCUGUCUGCAGAAGGAGGUCAGGGAAGAGGAACAAGAGGAGGAGCGUCUGUUUCCACUGCUGGUCUGACGCAACAACACGGCGGCUCCUCCACAGGAAGCAGUCACCAUAGCAACAACAUGGCAGCCGCAGGGGCGCUGCUGGGGGUCGUCUCCCACAGUCCAGGUCCGGAUCAGGUAUCAGGGAUUUUUGGAGGUCUGGGAUUGGCUCGGGGGGUGUGUGAUGAAGAUUUGUGUGAAGUCAGUGCAGAUGAAAGCAGCGUGACUUAAGCUAAAGCUGUGUCUGAUCCAAGGGGAGCCUAGUUCUGAUGGUUCUGAUAGUUCUUCUGGUUCCUGCUGCUGUUUGGUUCGCUGAGAAGAAUCCUGAUCCUCUUCCAGAACAAGAAGAGAGAUUGCACUUUGUUGAAGCUUCUGUUGGAGACACAGCCUGAAGGACCAGAUGAAUCGAACCUGUAGAUUCGGAUCAACCUCUGGGCCGUUCAGUUUCGCCGUUAUUUAGUCUUAAAUGAUCCAGAUUUUGCACAAACAGAUUUGAAAAGUGUCCUCAUCAGAUUGGACCUGCCGUCUCAGAAUAAGCUGUCAGUUUGUUCCUAAAGUUUAUUUUUCUUCUUUCUGUGGAGCAACGUGGGUUUGUGGAGAGGAAACCAGAACACUGUUGGUUUCUGUGGGAACGUUCAGAAAAAUGUUGCAGAUUGCUGUGAUUUCUCUGGAGUUCCGUAUCGUGACCUGUUGCUGUGCACAGAAAAGAUCUGUAAGAAAUAAAAAAAUAUAUAUUACAUUCAUGUUUUUAUCAGAAAUCACAAAGCAGCAGGAUUUUUCCUCUGCAGCCUCAGUGUUCGCUGCACGAUUUUACUGUCGCACCGAUGCUGAUGAGAGUUUUAGAUUUAAGAAAAUGAAUCCUGAUUCAUCUCAUUCGGAUUUCUGUCAGAUAUUUUACACAGAUGCACGCAGGGUUGUCCCGUAGCAAAGAUUAAGCUUUGAUGACAAAACAAGAACAAAUA